AUAUAUAUAAAUAAAAAAAAUUUUCGUCCAGACCAUCUCUACUUCAUCUGCAUUUCAUAGUCCGUCUAUCUAAAUGAGUUAUUUUAUUCGAUCGUGAACUCGAGCUACUACAAUACGUCCGGUACGCGUAAUUCAUCUCUACUAUUUGUUCGUUUUUUUGCGAGACAUGAGUCAUAUUAUUUAUUUUUCUAUAAGUAUCAGCCAUUAAUAUUAGUUGUAUAUCACUAGUGCGAAUUAAUUUAUGUCCAUUUGUUGUUAACCCUUGCACCGUUCUCCUUUUUCACUAUGAGCUGUGUGAAAACGACGCUUUGCGUCGCAGCACUGAUGAUGUUGAUUUCUUCAGUUCAAAGUGAAAACUGUUGGGUGAAAAAAGUUUCCAACGGUAUAAUCAAUAGGGAGAAAACAUGGACAUGCCCUUCGCAUAACAAAACACAAGAAUCAACGUUUUGUUGUUAUGACUUGGAUGAAAAUGUAGAAUGUUGCAAUGGUUUUGAGCUUAUUAACAAUAUAAUUCAAAGGCAUAUGCCAAGUUUAUUGAUACUUCUGAUUGUUGUCGUUACUCUCAUAUUGGUAUGCUGUAUUAUUUGUAUCUGCAUUCCAUGUUAUUGCAUGAUGAGACGUCGCCCAUCUUAUAAAGACCCAAGUGAUAAUGCAAAUAUGAUUGCUGCGGUUUCUUUACCCAAUGAAUCUGAAGAAGAAAAUACCCCCAAAAAAGAAGUCACUCAUCACCUACCACCAGGAGCCUAUCCUGUUUAUCCACAAUUCAUGGGUAUGCAACCCCUAAAAUCGACUGAAGUAAAUUGUUAAUCACACAUUCAAAUACCAAUAGCAGAUCUUAUCAAAAACCAAAGCAUUUAAUCUUUUUUUUUUGUGCCAUCAACAGCGUAACGAAGGUUUGUGAAUGACUCAAUUUUUUUUUUUUAUUAUUAUCUAUAUGUUUCAACUAAUAUAAUCUGGUUAUUCAAAUAAUAUUAUUAUCUUAAAUAUUAAGUUACCUAGUUUUGAACUGAUUAUGGUUAGAAAUACAUUUAUUAUUUAAGCAUAAUAAUAAGAUUUCAUGUGUUUGCCAUUAGAUAAUAA